GUGUGUCUAUAGGUUAUGUGUUCCAGGUUUCAUGUUGUCAUGGUGUGUCUAUAGGUUAUGUGUUCCAGGUUUCAUGUUGUCAUGGUGUGUGUGUGUCUAUAGGUUAUGUGUUCCAGGUUUCAUGUUGUCAUGGUGUGUUUCUAUAGGUUAUGUGUUCCAGGUUUCAUGUUGUCAUGGUGUGUGUCUAUAGGUUAUGUGUUCCAGGUUUCAUGUUGUCAUUGUGUGUGUCUAUAGGUUAUGUGUUCCAGGUUUCAUGUUGUCAUGGUGUGUGUGUGUCUAUAGGUUAUGUGUCGCGGGGUGGCAGUGACUCGGACGAUUCCUCCGACAUGGAUAUGGACACUCUCAUCUCCCUUGUAUCCCAGAACAACAAGCGAACCACAUCAGACCCGGUCGGUCUACGCCGGAUUAUGGAGGAGAGGAAAGAGGAGAGGAAAGAGAGGAAGGAGAGAGAGGAGAGGAAAAAGAAUGAGAAGGGAGAAGGAGAACAAGAGAAAAAUAUGAAAUACGGAACUAUGUCUCCACUGAGAAAAAACAAAAAGAAGGAGAGAAUUGAGGAGAAGGUGGGGGGAGUUGGGGACCAGAGAGAGAAAGAUACUGAAGCAGGAGGAGAGGUGAACUCUGGGAAACAACGAGGAGCAGAGAACGGAGCAAUGCAGGAAGACGACAGAGAAAGAGAGGACGAGAGCGCAAAGAAGGAAAGAGAAGGAAAGGAGAGGAAAGGAGAGGAGGAGAGAAGAGGAGGGGAGAGGAAAGGAGAGGAGGAGAGAAGAGGAGGGGAGAGGAAAGGAGAGGAGGAGAGAGGAGGAGUGGAGAGGAAAGGAGAGGAGAGAGGAGGAGUGGAGAGGAAAGGAGUGGAGGAGAGAGGAGGAGGGGAGGUUCGGGGAGCUAUGACAGAAGAGCACCGGUCCGUAUCAGAGGAGGCAUCAGACUCGUGUCGUACUGAUUCUCGUUUCAUGACCAGCAUCUCCAGUGACUCCCUGGAUGCUCUGGAGGAAGAUGACCUGAUCGCCUGCUCUUCCUCCCUCCCUCACCCUCACCCUCCCUUCCGUCUCACAGUGGAGCCCCCUCAUCCCCAGCCUCACCCACGAGAGGGUGCAUCCUCACCCCAAGGAGGGGCAGGAGAGUGGAAAGGAGAUGUAGGAGGAGAGUGGAGAGGAGGGGUAGAAGGAGAGUGCAGAGGAGAGUGGAGAGGAGGGGGAGGAGAGUACAGAGGAGGGGGAAGAGGGAGGAGAUCGGGCAACGGAGCUUGGGUCAACUCUCACCAUUCUCCCAUGACCCCUGACUCUAUGAACUCUGAACCUGUGACCCCCGUGGUUGACCCCUCUGAGAACCUGAACUACGCUGAGCUCUCUCUCAUGCUGGAGUACCUCCCCAGUCCUCCGGAGGCAAGUGACGAUGAGGAUGAGGAGGAGAAGAGGGAAGAGAGGAGGAGGAGUAAUGAAGGAACUGGACAGGAGGUAUUGUCUGUAUCCGGAUGUCCCCGGUCCUCCUCCUCCUCACUUAUGGACUGUGUGUUUACCUUCGAGCAGAGCGACGCGAGGCAUUACUACAAUAUCUGCCCUAAUGUUACCCCCGACAGCACCCGCAGCCUCACCCACCCUCACCCUGAGACUGAGGAAGAGGAAGGUGGUGGUGAGGAGGAAGAGCAGGGGGCGCUCCUAACCUUGGAGCCCGUGCCCAUCCUCCAGCCGCCUCCAGGGUUCGGAGACAGCAGUUCUGACGAGGAAUUCUUUGAUGCGAGGGAUCGGAUCGCCUCGCCUGAAGACCCAACAUCAGGGACUGUGUCCAGAGAUUUUUCAACCGAGAUGACGAGUGGAAUGACGCAGCAAUCUGUGAGCCUGAGUGACAUCAGAAUCAGCCUGGCUGAAGGAACGAGGCAUGAAAGAGAGGCGGGUAGAGAGGGAGAGACCAGCGAAGAAGGAGGAGGGAGAGACAUGUUCUCCAGGCUCUCUAGGAAAAGAUCGAAGAAACGUCGUUCCUUCAUGCAGACCGACUUCACCUCAACAGUCUCCUUCCCUGGACCGGACCAAAACCAGGGGCGGAACAGGAACCCAGAUCACCUUCCUGAUCAGUAUCUGGACCUGGCACAGAACCGGACAGAGAGCUCAGACGAAAGCCAGCAGCUGAGUCUGGACCCAGAACCAUCUGAGCAGAGCCAGAACCCAUGUCCUACUGUCUCCUCUCUGAGCCACGCCGAGGGUGAGGCGUCCCAGCUCGAGUCCAAGCCUAUCCUCGCCAAGCCCAGCCCAGAGGGGUCCCAUCGGGGACCUGGAGAGCCACGUGUGCUUGGUAACCCAAAGGGAAAUCCACGGGCGCCUGAUAACCCAAAGGGUGGCCUCCAUAGGAGCUCCAGGAACAGGCGGCAGUCCAUGGAGACGGAGCCCGACAUGAUGGAGUCCAAAUCGGUCACGGCCCUGGUGACAGCAGCCUCCCUCUCCAUCACGGCUGUCCGCUGUAGAGUAGAACCAGAUGGCAAGGAGAGCCCUGAUCGGAGAGGAGACGGGGAGGAGGUGGAGGGAGAGAUGGAGGGGGUGGAGAAGCAGGGGCAGGACCAUUCACAUGUCACAUGUUUCUGACUGAGAUUAAGGAGGAA